GAAUGAAAAAUAUUCAUUUGAAGGAUCUUCCAAGUUUUAUCAGAACUAUAGGUCCGAAUGACAUAAUGUUCAAUUUCACCAUGACUGAAGCUGAGAAAGUUCAUAAAGCUUCUGCAUUGAUUUUGAACACAUUCGAUGCCCUAGAGCAUGAAGUCUUGGAGGCACUUUCAACAAUUUUUUUCACAGUCUACACAAUUAGACCUCUCCAACUACACCUGAAUCAAAUCAAAGAAGAUGAUAUGAAAACUUUUGAGUCAAAUCUUUGUUAA